UAGCAGCAAUAAGGUAAUGUGCCAAGACUGUGCCAGCAACCCAGCCCCAUGGCCUUUGUGCUGGCUUCCUAGGAGACCAUCUCGGGCUAUCAGAGGUGUGACAAACCCCUCCACACACCCUGCAAGGGCUGAUCCCAGUCCAAAGGUUCUCCCCAGGUCUGCUAGAGUUGCAGACACUGCCAGUGACACCAGGCUACCGGAUCUCACCAUGCAUCUCCUGGCACCUUUCACCCUCUGCCUGGUCCUCUGGGCAGAGCUCAGCACUGCUGUUAUCCCAGUGGAAGAGGAGGAUCCAUCCUUCUGGAACAAGCAGGCAGCUGCAGCCAUCGAGGCCUCCUUCAAUAUCCAGCCCAGGAUAGGCCAAGCCAAAAACCUCAUCCUCUUCCUUGGGGAUGGAUUUGGCAUACCCACCAUCACGGCCACUCGCAUCCUAAAGGGGCAGGAGCAGGGGAAGCUGGGCCCUGAGACUCCCCUUGCCCUGGAUACCUUCCCCUACUUGGCUCUCUCCAAGACAUACAAUGUAGACCGGCAGGUGCCUGACAGCGCGGGGACGGCCACAGCCUACCUCUGCGGGGUGAAGGGCAACUACCGCACGGCAGGAGUGAGCGCCGCUGCCCGCUACGAGCAGUGCAACACCACGGCGGGCAAUGAGGUCACCUCGGUGCUGGAGCGAGCCCGCCAAGCUGGGAAGGCAGUGGGCAUUGUGACGACGACACGGGUGCAGCACGCCUCCCCCUCGGGGACCUAUGCCCACGUGGUGAACCGCGAGUGGUACUCGGAUGCCGACAUGUCCAGGAGUGCCCGUGACGAGGGCUGCAAGGACAUCGCCUGGCAGCUGGUCCACAACGUCGACAUCAACGUGAUCCUGGGAGGUGGUCGAAAAUAUAUGACCCCUAAGGGGACGCCAGACCCCGAGUAUCCCAGCUACCCCUCCGAGAACGGGACACGCGAGGAUGGCAACAACCUCAUCAACAAGUGGCUGGAGGAACGGCCGCACGCUCGCUAUGUCUGGAACAAGACAGAGAUGCUGGCUGCUGCUGCGGACCCCGACGUGCAGUAUUUGAUGGGUCUCUUUGAACCCGCGGACAUGAAGUACAGCCUGGAGCGCAACACCACCCUGGACCCGUCACUCACUGAGAUGAUGGAGGCGGCCAUCACCAUCUUGAGCAGGAACCCCAACGGCUUCUAUCUCUUUGUGGAAGGUGGUAGAAUUGACCAAGGCCACCACAGUGGCGAAGCCCACAAGGCACUGACCGAGGCGAUAGAGUUUGACCAGGCCAUCGAGAGGGCAGGCACCCUGACAGACGAGGCAGAGACCCUCACCGUCAUCACAGCCGACCACUCCCACGUCUUCUCCUUCGGUGGCUACACCCUGCGCGGUUCCUCUAUCUUCGGUCUGGCCCCCAGCAAUGCCACUGACAAGAAGAGAUACACAUCCAUCCUGUACGGGAACGGGCCGGGCUACCCAGGCGCUGACCGGCCCGACGUGGACGAGGAAACAGCCCAUGGGUACAGCUACAAGCAACAUGCAGCUGUGCCACUCGCCUCUGAAACCCACGGUGGGGAGGACGUUGCCAUCCUGGCCAAGGGCCCCAUGGCCCAUCUCUUCCACGGCGUUCAGGAGCAGACCUACAUAGCACACGUCAUGGCCUACGCCGCCUGCCUCGAGCCCUACACCGCCUGCCGCCAGCGUGACUCUGCCCCUGGCACUCGUGCGACCCCUCUAGCCCUGCUGCUGCCCACCCUCCUCCUGCCCCUCUUCCACUGACCCCAUGGCUCAGGGUCAUCCCACAGGCACUGCUGGACCCUCGCUGUCCUCCUCCCCACGGCUGUGGCACCCACAGGUGGAUGGUGGCUUUUUGGAGCAUCCUUGGGCUGGGGCACCAAAUCCUGAGUAUGAGUGGGCUCUGUGCCACCCACCUGGGAUGCUCAAGGUUUAAUAGAC